AUGAAGGAUAGGCACAUCGUUGGUCUGGGUAUGAUUUUAGCAACAAUACUAAGCUACAGUGGACAGUGUGUGGCAAACGCCGAGGUUUCUGUUGCCCGUAACACGACCAGUCUUAAACCGUACAGUUUCAAAAUCACCAAAUAUCUUUGCGUUGGCACGCCUUACCAGCGUACCUCAGUGAACUACUGCAAAACGGUUUUGCGACGGAACCAUCCGACCGUGCUGAACGUUUCGGUUAUCGCACCAGAAAUUUUGAACUGGAUCUGGGUGAAGGUUAAAUUGUUUUACAAGUUCUCCAGCUACCAACCAUUCCUGAUCGAUCUGGAGCAGGAAGGUUGCGAGUAUGUAAAGAACCGGCCGAUCAUUCCCUUGGCAGACUAUAUAUACCAGAUCAUGCAGAAAACGGCACCGGAACUCGCCAGUCCCUGUCCACACGGAAACAAAACGUACAGCAUUGUCUGGUGGCUGGAAGAGCGCUACACUCCAAAGUCGAUACCGGCGGGUGAUUAUAGGUUGGAUAUACAGUUUUUUGCCCAUGACAAGGUGAAACUAUUCGCGUUGGAAACUUACAUUACAGUUCGUCGAGCAGGCGUAAUCGCUUCCAUGAUAGAAUGGUAA